AUGAAGGUCAGGAAGAGAAGUCCCCUUUUUUGCAAAAGGAACCCCCAAGCAAAUAACGGCGAGGACCAUGAUGGGAGACUCCUCGACGAAUACUACAGCGCAAUUCCGGGCAUCGAACUACAGAUAGAGAAAUUACUUCAAAGCUUCCACGUCAGUAAGUACGACUAUAAAAUCACUCCCCUUUUAAUCGACAUAAUACAAAAUGAAACGAUAAAAAUUUUGAGAAAUGCCAAAAAUAUAAAAAAAAAUGGCAUUGGUAGGAGAUUCUUCAUUAAGGCCGACCCCACAAAGAGGGAGGACAAAAAGGAGGAUCAUAUCAGUCCCGAUUUGGUGACAAGCUCCAACAAUGGCGAUGACACAAAAAAGGAUGAAGGAAGUAAGGGGAUGGUUGAAGAUCAGCGAAAAACGGACCAAAGUAAAGUAACUACAGAUAUCUCCAAGGAUGAAAGCGGGGCUGAUUUUAAAUGUGGAGUGAUUGACGAUAGGGCAGCACAGGCAGUGGCACCUGCAAUGGAAGCCGCCCCGGUGAAUGAGCGUGACGGGGAGGUGGAGAAGCAGAGUCGAAGAAAUGACAUGCAAGAAGGAGACGGCGCAGGAAUCGGUUCAAGGAUUGGAACCCAACACAGCGCAGAUGCGCCGGUGGCCCAAACGCAGGAGCACAGUCAGGACAAGGACGGCCUUGCCGAAUUGCCAUGUGGGGUAGAAGACGGCACGAAGGAGGAAGCUGCAGAGGGGAGUAAAGAAGAAAGCCAAGCUAAUCUUGAAAAUGGAGAGGAGAAGAAACAGGUGGAUGUUGAAGUGGGUCAGCAAAAGGUGGAAGCUGAGACUCUCCAAACGGGGAAAACUGAGCAGAUAGGCCAAAGUGAGCAGACAGGCCAAAGUGAGCAGGCAGGUCAAACUGAGCAGACAGGGCAAACUGAGCAGACAGGGCAAACUGAGCAGAUAGGCCAAACUGAGCGGACAGGCCAAACUGAGCAGACAGGCCAAACCGCCGAAAACUUCAGCAUCUUCAAAACCUUUUCGAGCUACUUUUCGAAAAAAAAUAAACCAAAUGAGGAGGACGGAGGAGCGCCCUUGAGGAAGGAAGAAGAAAGCGCGCCGGACAAAUCGGGCAACGGUGAGAGUAAAGAUGGAGACGCAAUCGAAGGCGCACCCAAAUUAAACAGCUCAGAGGAUAAAGCGGUUGGAAAAGGCACAGAACAGGUACACCCCGAAGGGAACAGCCCCCCGAACGAAACGAACGAAAAGAGCGAAACGAACGAAAAGAGCGAAACGAACGAAAAGAACGAAACGAACGUAAUUGAAGGUGAUGUAAAUCCUAGUGAGGACCCAGCAGAUGCUGGCAGCCAUUUUCUGAAUGAUCAAAAGAACAGUGUGAAGGAGGACACGAAUGACAACACCAAAGGGAGGGUGCCCCAUGGGAUGAGUAGCAGUGGUCAGAAUUUGGACGCAGGGGGUGAUGUAGGAAUGGCCCAUAAUAGGGACAAAAUGGAGGAAGCGGGAAAGGCGAGCAACCAAGUUGAGAGCGGCCUAGCGGCAGAGAAGCCAAGCAACCAAGUUGGGAGCGGCGUGUCGGAAGAAAAGGCCCCCACGGAGGAACUACAAAAUGGUGGUAAAAAGGAAGGUGCAAAAGACCAAGCAGAGCAACCAAAGAGUAGCCAACCCCCCACCACUACCACCACCGAACAGGAGGAACUGCUUGUGAUAGAUGAAGAAAGCAUUAACCUAGCCAUAAAGGAGUACGUCCUAAAGUACAUUUAUAAAAAGAAAAACGUGGAUUUCUUGUACGACGAAUUGGCAACUCAACAGAAGGAAACUAACUCGGCUGGCAUAGUAGACAGGAACGUCAGAUACCCAACUGAUGACUGCUCCAUUAACACCAUCCUCCCUGCGUGGGACAUAAAGUAUAAUUUUAAUUCCUCCAAGGGGGAAAAUUACCAAUGA